UCUCGGGCCCUCCGGGCUGCGCGGCUCCCCUGUGCCUUGGGCUGCUAGGCUGGUCUGAGCCCUAGGCCGUCUCCACGGGGACCUCGGUGCACGCAUGGACCUGCCCGCGCCCGGCGGGAAGCGGCCAGGCUGGCGGUGGCCCGGGAGGCGGAGCAGGGCCGAGGCAGCGGGCCCUUGAGCGCGCGCCCUGCAGGCCCGGCCGCAGCAGCAUGAUGCCUGGCGAGACGCACCCGGCGGCGCCCGGGCCAGCCGACCUCGCGCGGUGUCAGGGCUGCGCCUCCCUGCAGCAGAACUUAAAUGAAUAUGUUGAAGCAUUAAUUGCCUUGAAACAAAAAAUUAUAAAUACAGAUAACUUGCUGACGGAGUAUCAGAAGAAAUGUGAUGAUAUCCUUCACUUGCUCUUCCCUGUGGAUGUCAGCACUGGCUUAUGUGCAAUGACUCAAAAGAUAGGAGGGUCCUCCUUAACUGUUAGCUUUCAAAGGCAGUGUCUUUUGCCUUAAUCUCACAAGCAUAGUCAACAACAGGCCUUUUAGUGUGCUAGCAAUCUGUGUGUUGUGGACAUCCUAAAAUGAGGCAGUCUAGUGGUCUCUUGUUUCUGUUGCUUGUUUUGAUUUUCUUAAGGAUGUCAGCGUUUUAAUGAACGGAUUUUCCUCAUAUAUAUGAGUGUGAUAUCAGGUUUAUGGAUGCAUCAGUGCUUGCUGAUUGCUCUCUUUAAGUCUACUAAAAAAUAACUGAUAACAUUGAUAUGUUUAGGAAAUGGAUCUUGUUCUUGUUGUAGAGAUUUAAUGUGUAUAUCCACAAAUUGUACAAGUAAUAUAAUUUUCUAUUUGUAACACAAUUCUCAGCCUAGAUUUUGCCAUUGGCUCAGCACGGGUUGAGCAAGCACCAUGGUGUAGUUAACACAGAUGGUUUUAACAGCCAAAAAAAAAAAAAAAAAAAAAAAAGCUGGUUCUGCCACAUCUUUUAGUAACAGCUGCCUUGGGUUAAAAUCUCUCUCAAAAGAUCAUAAUAACAUUUCUUCCCAAAAUAUCAACAUGCGGCAUGUGGAGACUGGGCUCCUUUCCAGGGCCGGGCAGCUGCUGCUGGGCAGAUGCACCCUUACAGAGGUCGAGUCCAUUGUCUCUGCAGGACUGUGAGGCCACUUAGCUGUUUGUGGCACCUGACGUUGGGGUCACAGAUUAUUUUGAGCUUCUUUGUAAAGUCUCUGUCAGUGACUAUACAGCCUGAAUUUCACGUUCAAAUAAAAGUCAUUGUUCUGUUCCUGCAGGUAAUUUAUCUGCUGAAGUGUAAAAUACAACAGGACUUCAGAAACAGAACCUUCAGUUGAAUAUAGGCACUGUCUAGAAAUAGUUGUCGCAGCUGUUGAUAGCGAAAUAGUAACAGAUGGGAGGCUACGUGUAAUUAGAGCAAAUCCUUACAGCACUGUUAGAGAAAUGAUGUAAACUCUUUGGUGAUUGCAUUUGUAAUCUCCUAAUAGAGUAAGGGGCCUAAUCUUCUAAAAUUUCCCUAUCAAAUUUUAAAUAAAAAUAAGCCAAUUGAUUCGUUUUCUUUUGUAUUGUGUGGGGGUAUGUGUGCACGAGUGCAGCACCCAUGCUGGCCAGAGAGGGCAUGGGAAUGUUCUGGAACUGGAGUUGCAGGUGGCUUUGAACACCUGCUGUAGGUGUUCUGAACUAGAAACUCUGGAAGACCAGUGUCCUUAUUCUUAACCACUGAGCCAUGUCUCCAACUCCAGAACAGUUCAUUUAAAACUUGCAGUUGUUUUUGAGAUACAGAGAUUUGUUUAAUGAUGGGAGGUUUGGCUUCAGCUAGAGGAACUAAUUUUAAAACGCCUUGGUAUUAGUUCCAAUAUAUAUUUGUUACAGCUCAGAACUGUAGCUGUCAUAUCCCUAGGGUGCCAGUGUCCUAGACUUAAUGUUGCUUCUUCCUAAUUGGACUUGUUGCUGCACCUCUUCUGAUGGACCAGAACAUACUGUGUGGGUGAGGAGAAUGAAUGGGAACUUCUUGACCUUAAGAAGUGUAGUUCCAAGUGGCUUUGUGAAUACCUAACUUUUGUCUGCAGGACUGUUUGGGAAAUGAAGGAAAGUUUGAGGCUUCUAAUAUGUACAGAAAUAAAAGUAUUUUCCAUCAUUAUCAGUCUUAGUUCUUAUAAUUCUAGUCAGUCAUUUAUCUAAGACUUUAGUAGAGAAAUAGAUGUUUUGACUUGGGUUCUAUUUUAUUCACUGUUCUAUUGCUGUGAAGAGACGUCAUGACCAAAGCAACUCUUAUAAAAGAAAACAUUUCAUUGGAGGCUUGCAUUCAGUUUCAGAGGUUUAGUCUAUUAGUAUCAUGGCAAGGAGUAUGGUGGCGUGAAGGCAGGCACUGGGGCAGUAGCUGAGAGCUACAUCCUGAUCUGGAGGCAGAGGGUGAGGGAGAGAGAAGGCAAGAGAGAUAUGCUGGCCUAGUGUGAGCUUUUUGAAACCUCCACAACCACCCCAGUGACACACCUUCUCCACAAAGUUACACCUCCUAACCCUUCUAAUCCUCAAAUAAAUCUACCCCUGGUGACUAAGCAUUCAGACACAUGAACCUGUAGGUGCCAUUGUUAUUCGCAGCACCAUGGGUUUGUACAUUGGUAAGUAGGGCUGAUGCACUCAGCACUGUUAGAGGUGGGCAUGUGUGUACUGUGUAGCAUUAUGGUCCUGCCCAGGUGUACAUGAUUUACUGUAUAGUAGAUUUUAUCUCCAGACAGAUAGCAGAAGAUGAAGGUUCUGAGUUUUCUUUAACAAGUUUUACAGCUGCAGUUUGCGAGAAGAGAGAACAGCACACUGCAUCACCAAGUGGAGCAGAUGCUUCAGAAAAUCUCCCCUCUGCAGAAGUGCCAAGAAGAACUGGGAUCCUUAAAAGCUGAGCUAGAGGAGAAAAAGAGUUCUCUCAAGCUGUAUCAGAACACUCACCAAGAAUAUGCUCGUGUGAAAGAAGAAUGCUUGAAAAGUGAUGCCCAGAAGAAGAAACUAGAAGCUAAGGUGAAGAAGCUGGAAGAGGCUGCUGUCAAGCAAACUCAGGACUUCAAGCAAUUGAGAAAUGAAAAGAAAAUACUUGAAAAGGAGUUUAAGAAGACACAGGAAAGGCUUGAUGAAUUUUCCAAACAGAAAAACGAGAGGGAGUUGAGACAUAUUGGAACACAGAUCUCAAGUGACUCGCACGGAAGCAUAGAUAAAAGGAAAGUAAAAGUUCUCUUGAAAGAGCUGUGGCUCUGUGUCAACACCGCACACAGGCUGUCCGGGGAGAGCGGCAGGCGCAUUCCAGCUGCCAAAGGAAACCGUGCAUCCAGAGCCUCCGGGGAAGAUGAGCUACUCCAAGUGCAUGACAGUCCUUCCGGGACAGCAGACAUGCAUUCUUUCUUCACCAAGCUGUCCAUGGAGAUGGAGGGCGACUUUACUUCCUCUGACAGUGCAGAAGACGAGCAGCCCAGAGGAGCAAGCCCCAGCACUGAACACGCUUUUCCUGAGGAACAGCAUCCUGAAGUUUCAGUGCAGAGGCCUGGAGAUGACAGCAGAACCAGCGUCCAUGACCAUGAACACCUUUUUGAUGAUGACCUUCAAGCUGCAAUUGAUUUCUUCAAACUCCCCCCUCCUCUUCUAUCCCCGGUGCCCUCUCCUCCUCCAAGGGCGUCGCCACACCCAGGCUCUUUUCCUUCCUCCCUGGCACCUGAGUCGUCCUUUGGAGAGUUCACGGAUUCCAGCGACAGUGACUCUGCCCCACUUGGAAACUCUGUGGAGUUGGCUUCAGAAGACUACACAGAGGAGUCACAAGGUUAUGUGGGUUUGCUUGAAAGAAUCAGAAGGAAUGAUGCAUGCAUGGAAAAGCCCAGGUCACCAGAAGCUUCCCAUGCUGUAAACACACGGACACGUGUUGGGUCUGAUUCUGGAAGAGCAGCACUGGGAGAACUGCCAGCCACGUCAUCUCUGGCUGAGGGAAGGCAGUGGAUAACACCUUCGGGGUUCCUGAGGAAUAGAGGAGACUCUGUCGAAGAUGCAGAAAGAAAGGCGCAGGUCAGGGAGAUGGAUAAGUCUGUGCAAGUUGGGAAAGGGCUUCUUAAGCAUAAUAGGAGACUGUGGCCAGCUCGGAAGAAGGACGUUGGAACUGGGGAAUCAGAUGUUUGUUAUCCUCCCCUUGGCAAGAGGACGUUCAAUGAGCUCAUAGAAUCUGAAGGAAACACCCCAUCUUCAAAAGCGUUGUGCUCUCCACAGUCAGAAUUCUCUAGGUGGACAUUCACUGAUGAAUUUGCUUCCAAGUCACACUGUGUGACGGGUCCAGACCGUUUUCAGAGAAAGGAAAAAGAUGUGCCGGAGUGCACUCUAGAGUCAGGCACAUGCACAGCUGCAGCAGGGCAUGACCGUCCAGCCAGUCUUCCCUCCUCCUCCUCUGCUACCUCCGUACCUGGGUCUGUGUACAGUAACCGCCAGGCCUCUUGGUUAGGCGGUGUCAGUGCGACUACGCCAGCAGAAGUGACCUGCACGGACCUGCAGCGUUCAGAACAAAAGUCACCAGCCAGGACAUUAAACACAUUACUCCUGCAGUCUGAGCCAGCAACGUGUUUUCUAAAAGAAAGUGACCAAGAACACAGCUUGUCUGCUUUGAGUUCCAAGUCAAAAUUAGGAACAUCUACCUUCAGUGGUUGGAAGAACAGGGACCUGGAACCUUUCAGUGCUUUAAAAAGCACGAUGAAUACAUACUCUCUGCCCCAGUCAGUAUUUCAGAAGCCAACAAAAGAGGGACAGUGUGAAGGCCGAGGUCCAGGCAUUGUGCUCACACUGCCUAAGUCAGACUGGACAUCAUUAGCACAUUCUCAGGCUGGUUUCUCCAGAAGGAGCCCUGCUUCUGCUGACAGUAUCUCUUGGCACCGCAGUGAUGUCCUAAAGCGAGGUGGUGGGGUCAGCCCCAGAGCUACCUCAGAACACCAACAAAGGACCAGGCUGCAGCCGGAGAAGGCAGCACCAGCCUCACAGAACAGCAGACUGACUGCCAUGCUUGGACAUCCUGGAGAAAGUACUAUUCCUCUGCAGUUCAAGGCAGCUGCUGCUUUGCUGCCGAACCAAGUGUCAGUCAUAACAAAGCAGGCAAGACCCGAGAGGAUGCAGAAUAGCAGCCUGGAGCACUGGCAGCCACAUGGGAACACACCAAGCCCUGCUACAGACAGUAGCGAGGAGAGAGGUCCUACGCCAUCGGUACAAGAAUGUGCCCAAGACAGGGACCCCACAGCACAGGGUCCUGAGGGGAUCACUGAUGAGGAAAGCCCUUCUCCAGAACUUCCUGUGUCUUGGCGAAAACCAAAUUGUGAUUCUCCAAGUGGCUCCUUGCCAGCGGAGAAGCUUGGUUGUUCCAGAGAUCCUAAGUUAGCUUUCUCCUCUGAAGACAACCUCUUUCAGAGCCAACGUGUCAUGAAUGAACCAGUGCUGCAGAAGCCCAGGAAGUCUCCCCAAACCACACAGUCAGGUGCCCAUAGGCUGGAGGCUAGGGAGCUCCUUCCAUCUGGAAUGACAUCCAGAGACUGUCCUGCUGCACAUAUGCCCCGUGGAGCCCGUCACCAGGCAAUCACUGAGGCCCCUGUAGUUGUGAGAGAGUCUCAUGGUGCUCCACAGAAUGCCAGUGCACCUCCCACAGUGCCAAGCAGGGGUCAUAUGAGGACUUGUGUGUCCACAGGCCCUGUUUGUGCUUCAGUCCUUGGCAAGGCAGAUGAGGAGAGGCGAGUUAUCUCCCUAAGUAGUCUCCCUGGGCCUUCCUACUCCUACACAGGCAUUAGAGAGAAGGGAGAGGAGGACACUGAAGUCGAGGACGAGGCUGUUAGUUGCAGUGAGGGAGAGCAUGAGGCUGAGAGUACAAUGGGGCACAAACAGCAGGGUGCAGCAGCAGGACCCUCACAGAGACAUUCGGGAGACCCCGAGGCUGUGGCGGGUGAGGCAGGGCUCACCUCAGAUGUAGGCGAUCUGACCUCCGCACUGCAAGAGUGUAACUUGAGCACCUUUCCGUACAUAGACAAGCGUGCUACCUCAGAGGUGGUUUCAUUUCUGGAAAGUUGUCAGCUAAGGGACAACAGGUCAAGGGCUUCUGUUUCAGAGUGUUCUAGCAAAGGAGCCCUAAAUGAAGAAAUGAACAAAGAGGUAAAACAAAAUGAAAUCUCCAGAAAGAAUUGUGGGAAGAGGUUCCGUGAAGAAGAGGCACUCAGAGCCUUGGACGAGUGGGUUGAGUCAGAGGGCAACAACUGUUGUGUCAGGAAUGUACACCACCGUGUUCACUGUCCUCUGGAAAUGCCAUCUGAUCUUCUCACCAAGACUGGGGAAGAAAUUCAUGCCAACCCUGGGGACUGCGGUGGGAAGGAUGCUGAGUGUCUAUUGCUUGUAAAUAUGCAUCACAGCCAGGCAGCUGAAAACCUGACAGAAAGCACUCCGCCUGAGGAAACAUCCAGCCCCACAUCUCACACUGCUGAACUGCCUGAACCAGCAGCUGUAGAUGCUGGAGGCAGCCCCCCACAGAGUAGCAGCUCUGACCCUGAGCACAUUCAGAGUAGAUGUGAGGAUGAGACCAACUCUGAGGGGUGCCUCUGCACUUCGGAAGAGGGACUGACAGAACCUGGGGAGCUGAUAGCCCUGAGCUCUGACUCUCCAGUCCCACUAGGGACAGAGCAGAGCUCUGACUUUGUGGCAGAGACAGCAUUUCACUGUCAGAUCUCUGCAGUGACCUCCGAAGUUAUAAGUGUACUUAUAAGUAAGGAUCAAGACCUCGUGAUCGAAAAGGGGGACAGCUGGACUAUCAUCAGUGGCACUGCCAUCUCCCCUAGCCUAGAACAAGUAGUUUUGGGUGACACUCUUGUGGAUGCUGCCGCUUCCCAGGAUCAGGGAGGCCUAGAGGAUGGGUAUGUGGAGAAGUCCCCCGAAGCCAGCCCUGCUGGCCCUCUACCUCAGGAGCCUGCAUGUAGUGGUGUUCUCUCUGGUGUCCAGGAGGAUGUUUCCAGUGGUGGGCAGAGUGCCAACUUUGAUAAGACUCGUCUUCGGAACAGACCUGUAAAACCCAGCAUCUGGGUUCGUUCUCAGAUGUACGACCAGACGCUUGAGACGGAGAAAGUUGCAUCUGAUCACACAUAUUAUAACUGGAAAUUAGAGCCACUUGGAAAAAAUAAGACUCGAUCAAAGACUUCCAACAAAGACCAGUCAGGCAAGCUAGCAAAGACACAAGGACUCAACAGAGUAGAAGUGCAUCUGAAUGAAGUCUCUCAGCCAACAUCAGGGGAAACAGCAAAUACAAAAAUGCCAAGAAGCCAAGCUGAGCCCCCUGUGGCAGGAACAGAUAUGUCCACCCCCACCAACUGUUCUCCCGAUACUCUGAGCAAGAUCCGCCAAGAAGUGGGUCCUCCAUUGCCUCCCUUGCUCCUCCCACUAAUAGCCACACCUCCAAGGACAUCACGGCCACUGUCUCCUCUGAUAACAAGUUCUAGUCCAUCCUCACUGUCUUCACCUGCUGGCCACGUUUCCCCCUUGUGUGAAGUUCCAAGGCCUCCUGUGCUGUCUCCAUGGCCUGAGGAACCCCAACAGGCUUCCCCUCUGGACCCCUCUCCAUCCCCUUCAACUACAGCCACUAAUGGAAGGAUGGUGUCCUCUCCUUUGCAGUUCUGUGCUGCUACACCAAAGCAUGCACUUCCCGUGCCUGGCCGUCUCCCAUCCUGUGCCCCAGGCCAUGCUGCUGUAAGCGGGCCACAGGAGAAUUCAGUUAAAAUCCUUGACACCAUGUACCCAGAGUUAUCUGCCAGGGCCCGGACACUCAGCCUCCUCAAAGGAAACAUGCAGCUGUCCCGAGGCUCCUCUGUGGAUGGAAAGGUGUUGCCAGGGCGUGUCAGUGCUCUCCUAGGACUCAAAGCUAUCACCUCAACAUCAACUGCUUUUGUCCUAACAGGGGGCAGUUCUGGUGGUGAGAGUAGCCAAGGUAAGUCACAAGACUCGGGUGCUCAGCAGGAUGCAGGUGGGAAAAGAAUACUAGCAGCAUCCAUGCUGAGAAGUGCUAAAAGACUGCGCCUGGACAGUGAGUCCCCAGAGCCAGACACCAGUGAGGCUACAGUAGCGGGCGUUCCCGAGGACCCCCAAGAGGGAAUCUCAGCAGCUGACAUUGUCCCAGCUGAGGAAGAGCAAACUGAUGUCCCCGUCUGCAGUCCAGCAUCACAGCUGCACGUAAACCCAAGGGAGAAGGCGGAGUCAUGUAACAAAGCCAUAGCUCAGGCUCUGAGGAAGAUUGCUGAAUCCUCCUUUGACCUGCUCCCUGUCAUUCGUAGUCACGUGUAUGUGGGAAAUAUCUCCAAAAAGCCUGUCAUGAGAGAUCAAGAGAAAGAAGUUGUUUAUGAAUUUAGCACAACAAACAAGCAUUUAGGAGAAUACUUACUUCGCUCUAUUCUCUCAGAGCUAAAGGUUCAGAAAGCAUCUCUGGACCACAGUUACAUCCAUGCCCUAUGCAGAGUGUAUGUGGGCAUGUGUCGGCAGCUUGGAGACCUGGAAAGGGCGCGCUUGUUCUGUUACAGCCUUCUGAAGGAAGAUUUUCCAGAAUCUGAGAAGUUGACUCUCUUCAUUGCGAACAUGUGGCGUGAAGUAUUUCUCUCCCAAUCAGCCAUUAGUCAAGCAAUGCAGCUGGUUGCCAGGCAGCGUGCCAGAGGGGAGGUUCUGAACUGCUUGAGAGCAUUCCUGAGCUGGGAGAAGAAUGCUUCUAUUGAUGUCGGGAUCGUCGUCUCUAAGCUGCUUCUGACCAUACAGCUGUGCCCCAAAACAGAAUUUCAGUCGAGUGAAGAGUUUGGCGAGGACCUGAGUGCAAACAUCUGGGAAUACAUAUUUGCCAUUGACCUCCUGUGCUGUCACCAGAGGUGGAUUUGGACACAUGACAACAUCAUAAGCAAGGAGCUGUGGCCUGUGAUGGAUAAGUGGAUCAAAUACAGGAAAGGACAUUCCAACAUCGCAUAUACCCCUGAUGUUAUUGUAGCAUCUGUGCUGAGACUGAUUGGUCGAUUAGGCCAGUUGGGUUUGAAGGAAGGAUUUCCAACUGCUGUGAAGAAUAUCAGCUCCGUUAUUGGCAUGUUCAUACAGCAUGCUCAGGAUGAAGAUAUCCCAUGGGGUGUACAGCUGGCAGCUGUGUACGCCCUGUGUGACCUGAGUCCUAGCAAUCCAGCAGAGAUAUCCAAGAUCCUGGAAGCUUGGCGGACACAGACUUCCAACACCAUCCCAUCCGCAAUCGUCAGCUGUUUGGCAGAGGUUGACUCCCUGAGUGCUGACGGUUCGGCUGCCACCACCCUGAAUGCUGGGGGCUCAGCUCCCUGAGAUGGGAGGGUCACCUGAAGGUCAUGGUCACUGCACAGAGAAGUACCUUGACAUCUUUUGCUGUAAACGACUAGCCUGCCUUCAGCUGGAGUCCAACAGAGAAAGGCAUAAAGCAGAUGACACAACAUAUUCCUUAUGGCUUGACAGGAGGCAAAGAGACAAGCGGUUGCGUUUCCCCUACAUCACAUGCAUUUCAGUUAUGGCUGUAUGGUCACAUGACAUAGAUUGUAGUAGUGUAUCUUGGUCAAACAACAAAAACUUGAACUUAGCCCUUUUUUAUUUUUUGGCCACAAAAAGUGUCCUUUUUAGUGGCUUUUAAAGGUUGAGUGGCAUUUUUGUAAUGAUCUUAAAAGUAAAAAGAAAAAAAAUUGGUCCUAGAGCCAUUUUUGGAGUUUAUACUCAAAUAAAUGGCUAGGCAAAAGCAAGUUGGCUUUUAAAAUGAGAACUAAAUGAGUCUUUCACUGUCGUAGCUGAAAUGGCUGCAGAAGUUUUCCCAGAGAGCAACGAGUAGCUGUCGUAGUAGGACAGGCUGCUGGUGGAAGUGCACUGGAAUGCAUCUCCUCCCAUCUCUGAAUGUCCUGAACCAUACAGAACUAUCAGGAUUGGAACUGACAGUGCAAGACUCCCCUAUGGGCUGUGUAGAGAUGGCCAGUCUGAUGGAGCAGCAGAGCCCUGUGGGCUGUGUGCAUAGGGACAGCUCUGUGGGGUAUGUGCAUACAGACAGUGCUAUCUAUGAUGUGUCUCACAUUGGAUGAUAUUCCACUUUCGGAAUUUUUGUAUUUGUAUAUAGAAAUGGGUUCAAUAACUCACUGUGAUUCUGAUUUGUCUUAUAUUCAUCAUUUCUUAAAACUCUUGUAUGUGUUUUUAUAAUAAAAAAUAAAAGCAAGCCAUACACAC